UGCCGCCGCCGGCGGAGCUGUUCGCUCGUUCAAACAGGCUUCUCCCCAAUGCAGCUUCACACCCGCUCUUUGUCCACGGUCGACUGUGUGUCCCUUUAAGAUGAUGUCGGACACUAUAAUGCUUCAUUUAUUUAUUUAUUUAUUUAGCGUAAUGUCGGCAGGCAGAAACUCGGACUAAACAAUAUCGUCCAUAAGCAGUGACGGUAGGAAAAGAGUGUAGCAGCCUGCGGGGCAUCCUCUCAUUUCCAGCGACGGAGGGCUAACAGGAGUCCAGUGUCCUUGUUUGUGUCAAAGGCAGGACUGGUGUUCAUCAGAGACUACGACACUUCUCCUGGACGGAAAUGUCAUUGGAUGUAACAUACAAAGAAAACUGGAAUCAAGGUGUAGAAGAUAUACGGUGACUGCGGUGAAAGUACUCUAUCUCCUGUUUCACCUCGCAAUGUUUUGGAUGUUAGGAGGAGACAACGCGAAGUAGGGAUCUGGCUCUCAUUUAAAACCAUCUUGGAGGGAGCUCUUCGGCUCUCCUUCCGUGCGCCUAUAGGGAACAACCCUCAACACGCACUUCCCCUACAGCUCCACCUUUAAAGAUGACCUCCCCGGACUCUCCUCCUCUGGUCUCCCCUUCCCCAUGCCCUGCUCCCCCUCCAUCCCUGCCUUCCUCUCCGGUGCCCUCCUCCCCAGCACCCUCCUCGUCCUCCCUGCCCGCCCCGCCCUCCCUGCCACCCACGGGGGAAGUGAUGGUGAUGGCUCUGGGACGGAAGAAGCAAAGGGUGCUGAUCGCUCUCUCCAUCCUGCCCAACCUCUUCCUGGCCUUCCUGCUCUCUUCCGACCCCCUAAUCACCCUCUCUUCGCCCCACCACUGCCAUCUGCCGGGGCCCCUGCCAUCGCCAGAGGUUCUGAACGCCUCCCUGCCGUGGGAGAAGGGUGAGCGGCCCGGGGACAGCGGGGGCCUGUCCCAGUGUAAGCAGUAUGUCAACGGCAGCCAUUCAGCUGUGAUGGACUGCCAGGCCGGCUGGGACUACAACGUCACAGAGGGGCUAAGGAACAACAUUGUUACAGAGUGGGAUCUGGUGUGUGCUCAGUACUGGCUGGUACCAGUGGAGGAGGUGUGUUUUAUCCUGGGGGUCCUGACUGGCUGUCUUGGCCUGGGCUAUGCCGCUGACAGGUUGGGCAGGUCCAAGACGUUGCUGACCUCCCUGACCCUGUCAGUGGUGUUUGGGGUGCUGGUGUGUGUCUCUCCAUACCCCUCCAUCUUCAUCGUCAUGCGUUUCUGUUUGGCAGCAGCGAGUGCGGGAGUAUAUCUCACUUUGUACAUCACCCGUCUGGAGCUGUGUGAACCAUCUCUGAGGCUGUUGGGCACCAUGCUUGCUGGGCUGAUGACUGUAGCGGGAGAGCUGCUGCUGCUGGCCGUCGCUCUGGGCUGCCAGUCCUGGAGGGGCCUCCUGGGAGCUGGUGCCGCCCCGCUAACACUAUUUCUCAGUUAUGGCAUUCCAGGAGUAUUUCCAGAAUCUCCACGCUGGCUCCUUCUGUCGGAGAGAUCUGCAGACAUGAACUCCUUCAGCGAGAGACGGAACUCCAACAGAGACGAUGAAAGCUUCACAGAGCUGGAUUCAGAGCCGGCACCUUCCUCACACCCCCACCUGUCCUUCCCUGAGCUCUUCCACAGCAAGAACAUCUGGAAGAACAUAUGUGUGCUGGGCUUCACCUCGUUCAUCUCACACGGCAUAAGCCACUGUUACAGCUCUUUCCGAGGUGACGUCAGAGGCACGGCCCCAAGCUUCUAUUGGACCUACCUGCUGUCCGUGUGUGCAGGCGGUGGUGCCUGGCUGUUGCUCUGGGUUACUGUAGACAGGUUCGGUCGCCGCGGCAUCCUUCUCCUCUCCAUGACGAUGACGGGCCUGGCCUCUUUGAUCCUUCUGGGACUCAUGGAGUAUCUCAGCGAGACGGCCAUCACCGUUUUCUCAGUGCUGGGUCUCUUCUCCUCUCAGGCCACCGCCUCGCUCUGCAUCCUCUUCACUGGAGAGAUCAUGCCCACAGUCAUCAGGGGCACUGGUGUGGGCAUAGUGCUUGCUCUUGGCUGUGUGGGCCGCCUCAGCUCUCCGCUCAUGGACCUUAGGAAUCAUUAUGGUUACUUCCUGCAUCACGUAGUCUACUCUUCUUUGGCCCUGCUGGCCGUGCUGUCCAUCCUGCUGCUGCCAGAGAGCAAGAGGAAGCCACUGCCCCAGACGCUGGCCGACGGGGAGCAGUACAGGCGCCCGCCACUGGGCCGGAGGAGGAGGGACAAUGUGCCUCUUCUGGCCACACCCAACCCAGAGACCUAAGAGACCCUGUGGAAAGAGUGAAAAUGGGCUGAGAUCUAAGCGCUCUCUUUGUUUGCAGAACAUUAACAUCUCGCAUGUUCAUGCAGGGGAAGAUAAAGACAAUAUAGAGCAAUACAGACGCUUAAAGAGGGAUGGGUUGAAGAGAGUUGCAUUAAUGACGGUGAUGAACAUGAUCACACACACACUAAGCUUCCUUACAUAUCAUCUUCUUGUCAUUCCAAACGCAGGCGGUUGGGUUGAGCUUUCAUUCUUCCUCAUGUCCUUCUAUUUCCAGCUUUCUAGAUGUGUGUAGUUCUGACUCACAAUAUUCCUGCUGUGAUCAAGGGAAGUCUUCACUUUUCAUACCACAUCCUCCUGACCACACUAAAGGUAGUCCUGUAACACACCAGCAUUCAUUGCUGCAUGCAGUCCUGCUGUGUGUCCACUAGAGGGAUGUUACUACUGACACUCCAGACAGAGCUGACCUGGAGAUGUAGCAAAAAUAAUACUAUAGUUGUUCUAACAUGCGUAGAACAUUUUGUGACAAUAAGAGCUCCUGUGUCUCCGAUCUGGCACUCCAAGCAGCGAUGGACCACAGUGCUGACGUUUGUGGUAAGACUCGAUGGAGUUGCAGGUGUUUAACGCCUUGUACAUACUCUAGACUUUAGUUUCUUCAACUUCCUGGGGCAUCUGAGUGGAGCUCAUGCAAAAUGUGUGGCUGGAAACUUUACAGUACUGUAUGCUAUGCAGUGGGGAAGUGGCGCAGAGAACUCUGAUUCUUUUUUAAGAUGAUGCUGGUUAAUAUGACCUUAGUCUUCAAAAAUAAAGGGACAGUUUAUUAAGUGUAAAACAACUGUUGUUGUUACUCAUCACAGGCUCAAAACAAAACAAAAGGAGGCCUUAAAGUAGAAAGUUCUUCAAACUGUAAACCCAGUUACUGAAUCUGGCCUGGAGCCAGUCCUAUUUAUCUUUAAUUUAUGGUGUUAUGAAGCAUACACAAUAAUUUAUCCAUUGGCUUGGCAUUUUUUUAAAGCAUUAUGCUUAAUAUUGUUAAAUUGAUGAUAAAGAUGAUGCGGCAUGAAACAAACUGUCUGACGUCUCACAUCAAUCACAGUGAAGCAGUCCACUGACACGACAUUCCUAUCUGCAUGUUUGGAAGCACUGAAGGGCUUGUGUUUUUUUUCUGUAUUUUCUCAGAAGCUUAGAGUUAAUCGAUACCUCUUUCGAUGACCUGUCUCUGCUGUAAGAAAAAGAAGACGGGUACAAAAACACUACAACAGAAGUUGUAUAACCAGGCACAUGUAUUUUUUGUCAGGUAUUAAAUUGGCAGGGUUUGAAAGAGGUCGUCUUGUUAUUUUGCCUGUACUGAUGCUGUCAAAGGGCCCUAUGAUGACUAUACUCCAUAAGGUUUGAGUGGGAGUUAAAGAGGGCCCUGGAGCUUCAGAUAAACCCCCGACUCCUCAACCACGCACAGAGGAUCUCUUUUUCUUUUAGCUUUGAUAUUUUGAAUGUGUUGGCUGAUGCCAUGUUAUGUACGGGACAAGUGAAAUCAUGAUGGAGAAUUGAAAAAGCAUGUUGGUUUUAAUACUUAAAAAAAAAAAAAUCCCAGCUUAUGUGUGUGUGCUUGGGUAACUCUUUUUCUCAGAUGUUCAUGGGUGUGUGUUAUAAACAGGUAGAGGAAGAUUUCUUUUAUAAAUUUGGACUCUGAUAUUGAGUAGACUUUAAAAACGUUUGUGGACACUAUCCUUUGCUUUUGGUGUCUUCCUCCGUCAACCUUUGGUAGUUUUUAUUUCUAUCUGUAUUUUGCACUUACACUGAAGAUUAUUAUCACGCUGAUUAAGUUGACACCAGUAUUAUUAUCUCUGACAACACUGAUGAUCUGUUAAGUGAUGACUGUAAUGCAGUUAACUCUAUAGCCUGAUUUCAUGUCAAAUAAAACGAGUAAAACAAAUCAA